AUGUCCUUGGAUGUGAGAGUGGAAACACCAAUAAAGAAUAAGCAAAUUUCUUGUCCCAAGCCGGCCGACCAGCUCACUUCGCAUAGAACCUUGGCAAUCUAUGGCAAUCAGGAUACAUUUACUUCGGCGGACAAGCUACGUAAAUGGUCCGAAGACCUCUCCCAAGCGCAACAGAGUACAUUUCAAUCGGCCGAGAUUGACCAUGCGGGACAUUUCUGGAGUGAACGAGGGGUCGAAGCUCAAGCGGGAGAGGUCCUAAGGAAUUGGCUACGCAGCAUUUCUUGA